UUCGUCAACGCAUCAACUGCCUAUGGUGUUGACCUUGUAUUUAGCUAAUAUUCAAACAAAAAGUCUAAGUGGGGGGCGUAUACCCUUACAAUCCUCAGAUCCUUUUUAGCUUUCAUGCAAAGAUGUCGUCCGACGGCUCGUCUGACAGUUCGUCAAGUUCUGACUCGCCUAGCUCUAGAUCGGACUCUAGUUCAGAUUCUAAUUCAAGUGAAAGCUCUUUUUCCAACUAUUCUACACGGAAGUUUGAGAUCUCGAAGGCGAAGUCCACCAGUUUAUCAAAAUGGAUCGUUACUGGGAUUAAUGACGACAAGAUCAAGAAAUGUAGGGAAAUGUACAAGCCUACACUGAAAAGGAAAGCCAACAUCCUGAUUAACCCCAGUUUGGACGAGUCCGUUUUCCUGCGUCUUAGGACUUUUAAGGGUUCCCACGCGACAAAGGCCAACAUUGACCCGACGGAAAAGACUCUGAGGAAGUUGUCCUUUAAGAUUCUGGAUUUGGUUAAGCCUUUACUUUUUCUAGCCGGUCGCAGGAAGCUGAGGAGGAAGUCUAAAAGUGACUCCAUAGCCAUCAAGAUCGCCUUACGACUAUGGGCCACUCUCUUACGUGACGUCAUUAAGACCCGGCGCCACAACAUUCUCUCUCAGGUGUACCCGGAAUUCACUGGUCUUUUGGAGAGGACUGAUAUCUGGUCGGGCGGCGAGGACCUUUUCGGUCGAAAGUUUCUGAAACAUCUUGUUGGCGAGGCCAGAUCGCAGGCUACCCUGGAAGGAAUUUCGAAGAGAAGCGAGAAAGCAGGGUCAGAGAACAGCCAGCAAGCACCCUCUACCAGCCGAGAAAGGAAUGCGGAUUCCUUCUUCAAUUCCAGGUCACGCAAUGGACCAGGCAUUAGAAAUGGAUCCAACUGGAAAAACAACUGGAACCAAGGAAGAAACAAAAGCGGGGGACGCUACAACAAAUAAUCUUGAGUCUCAUUUGUUGUAAUACUCUAAAAAAAAAAAAAAAGGGAUCUGAGGAUUGUAAGGGUAUACGCCCCCCACUUAGACUUUUUGUUUGAAUAUUAGCUAAAUACAAGGUCAACACCAUA